ACUCAUGCGUAGUCCGGUUGUGUAUGGUAAACAAACAGUAAAACAGCACACCUGAGAAUGUCAGGUACACGAGGGAAACGAGAGAUAAAAAUGUCUUUUAACCCGUAAAGAUGAUUUUAGAUAGAUGAUGGAUAGAAAUGGGAUGUGUUCAGUCAAGGAUAUUUCCAGACGUUUACAAGGAUAAAGAUAAAACACCAAGCAACAAUCCGAACAUCUUACGAGGAGACGUGUCACUGAAAUUCGAGGCCAAGAUAAAACGCGAGAAAACGUUACACGAUAAAAUGGUCAGCAAAACUUUCGCAGCAGAGGAAAUGUCUGGAAGAAUAAUGGAGGAAAGAGAGAGAUUGUCCCUGGGGACGAGAUCUAGGGCCACGUCGGGAACCAGUUCACCGGCACCUAGCAACAGUACCCGAAAACAAGUCCAUUUUAAGGCAGAUGUGAGUGAAGAUGUUCCAAAGUUCAAGAAAGGAGGCAAAGUAAAGAACUCGGUGAAUCACAUUAGUAGUGAUGAAAAACAAAUAACAGUUACCAUAGCAGGGGCACACAUCAUCCAAUCAAAUGAUACGUUAGAUCAGCCAAUCCAUGGCAACAGCUCAAAUGAUUUGAACAGUUCUCCAAAAAACAAUAAACUGACAACAAUAGAAGAAAGGACAGGUAGUCGAGCUAGCGGUCAUAGUGCAUCAGAAUCAAAAAGAGGCUAGGGGGACCCCUGGUGUUAUUCUGCAUUGUAUUAUUGACUGUAUGAAUGAUAUUAUAUAGCUAGUAUUAACUUAUCUUAGUCUAGUCCUUAAUUGACCAAAUUUAAAUCUGUGAUAUAUAUGAGAAAUAAUUCUAUAAAGUUGUAUGAAUUAUGACCAAUGAAAUCUUUGCUCAUUCUAGAGAGAAAUUAAGUUACGUCCAAUCUACAGAGGUUAAGUCAAUCCAGAUCGAAUAAAUUAAUAUAACUAUAGAAUUUACUUCAUCCAUAUUAAAUAUUUAAUUUAUCAAUGUUACAUUCUCAUGCAGGUGAGGGGAUAACUUAACUUUUCAUCAAAGUACAUUAUAAUUGUGAAAUGAUAGUAUAACCAAGGGUUCUGGUUUUUGCAUUGAUAUGUUAAUAGGUUCAAAUGCGUGAAUGAAGAUACCUAAGAAGGAGUUAUUGCCCUUGUCAACACUUAUUAAAGAUAGAUUAAUUGAUUAAAUAAAGAAAACAUGCAUUUUUAAAAUUCUUUUUCUUAACAAUAUAUACUUAUCAUUACACCAACAUUAUAGAAAACCAUUCUUUCAAAAGGUAUUGAUCUAUUGGGUAUGACUUUAAAGUAAUAACAGUUUUUGCAAAAACCCUUGACAUCAUCGGAGGAUGGAAAAACCUUAAGUCAGAUGUGAGGACUAUAUUCACGUACACUCACAGAUUUGACUCUUUUUACCCAGUUAACAAUUUUUAAAAACCAGUCAGGUUUAAAUUUGUAGAAAUAUUUGUUACUGGACUACAGCUGGAUGGAAGCAGAACUUAAUUAAAGUGUCACAAACUUGUGGGACUAAGUUCAAAAUAGAAUUGAAAGCAUUGGUUGGAUGAUUAAAAUUUAAUCUUUAUUCAUUUCCACAGAAUAAAUAAGUGAGAUAUUUUUAUACUAUGUAUGUAUACACACAAAAGAUUUCUAAAGUGGACAGCUUGCUGAAUCAGAUUUUCCAAUAAGCUUUUCAGGUUUCAAUUUAAAUUGGUAUCAUAUUCAUUAUGGUUGGGAUAAUUAAAUCUCCAUUUAUAACUGUUAAUCAGUGUACUUUAAUGAUGCACAUCCAUAAGCAUUAUAUAUCUCUGAAUAUAUUAUAAACAGUAUUAAAAUUUGACUUCUUUUACUUAGAAAUUUGCUUUAAUACAAGAAAAUAUGUUUUUAUUAACUUUUUUUAACAAGUUGACUUUUACCCAGCACCUUUGAAAAAGCUGUAAUAAUCACACUAUCUUGGAGGUCAUGUAAGUGUCAGACUUUGAUUGAGGUCAUAGAUUUGUUAGGUCACACUAUCUUCACGGUCAUACACAUGUAUAAAUAUCAGACUGUUGCGGAAGUCAUAAAUAGUUCAAGGUCACACUACUGUAGAGGUCAGGUAAAGGUUAUCGUGUUGUUGAGGUCAUUGAUCAGUGAAGGCACACUAUCUUCAAGGUCACAGAUCCUAGCUAGUCUAUCCCAUCCUGCUAUAGAAUAACGUACACUGUAUGAUCACGUAAUAAAUCUUUUGCUCUAAAUAGUAAUUAGUUUAGGGAAUCAAUAUUUUUUGUCAAUGUUUAUGAAUAUUAACAGUGACAUCUUGAUUAUAUUUCAGUUUGUGACAAAAUCAAUGUGUACACAUUUAGUCAUAAAUUAUUUUUUAAAUCCUACUUACCUUUCGUUCAUAAUUAUAACCCUGUUCCUGUAUUUAAGGAGAAAUCUCUUUCAAACUUAGAUAUUCUCAUUUCUCAGUAAAUUUACACAGAAAUUGUGACGUUAGUAUAAUGUAUCUUUAAUUCAAAACUGAUAGUGAUUUUUAGAUCUAAAUGUAAAUAAACAAAUAUAUACAUACAAAGUUUCAUGCACAAGUGUAAAUGUUUCUGGGUAGUCAGCAUUAAUAUUGGAGAGUACAUUUACAUAGUUUUCUUUUGCAUAUUAGUAAACAACUAGAUUUGUUAAGAUCUCUGUUUUUUACAAUAUAUAUCUGAUCAGUUAAGAUUUCAAAUUUGAUUGUUAUUCUUACUUAUUUCAGUGCAAUCUGUUUGGUUGAUAUUAUAUAUAUGUACAGUGUAUGGUUAUCACUAAUUAAAUACUUGAAGAUAA